CACCUGAGUUAAAUUAUGUCUAACACCUGUCUCUAAUUUCAGUGAGCAUGGGGAGAGCGGCAUAAAUAGAGCCUGGGCACCAGAGAGCCAAAUAAGAAGCAAGGAGUUUGUUAUUACGAAUGCUGAGAGUUUAUUUUGUGAAGUGGUGUGUGUGAUUAUAGACUAACUUAGUGAACAACGCAAAGACUCUAGAGAGAAAAUAAAAAUCCUUACCUGAACCAGGAAAGCUGCUUCUCGCCUCUUCCUUACACUGAGACGUGUUACACUAGUGCCAAAACCCAGGAAUUGAAGUUUGGGUUGAAGAUGGAUGGAAGUCGCCCCGUAGAGUCCUCCCAGUUGGCGGAGAUCCUCCAAGCCCUCGCUGGCCUACAUCAGAGCCACCAGCAGACGCUGCUUGAGCUCCGACAAGAUCAAGAUCGCCGGUUUGGCGAGCUCCUACACGCUCAAGCAGAGGACCGGCAGGCGAUCCGGAGCCUCCUCAGCCAGGAGGCGUCCCCAGCCGCGACCCCGGACACUCACACGCUGUUACCCCCGCCCGCAUUACAGACAAUGGGGGCUGCGGACGACCCCGAGGCCUUCCUGGAUUUGUUUGAGCGGACCGCCGAGAUCUGGGUCUGGCCGCUCGGCCAAUGGGCGGCCCGACUUAUCCCACUGUUGUCUGGGGAAGCCCAGCUCGAGGCUCAACAACUGCCAGCGACGAGCCUCCUGGCCUACGGAGAUUUAAAGAGAGCCGUCCUGCAACGGGUUGGUCGCACUCCGGAGGAAAGCCGUCAACUCUUCCGGAGCUUGAAGUUGGAGAGCUCCGACCGCCCGUUUGCCUUCGCCCAGCGGCUCCGUGACGCCUGCCGAAGAUGGCUGCUAGCGGGGGACCGCGACGUCGACGGAAUUAUCAACCAGGUGGUACUGGAGCAAUUAACACAUCGACUGCCAAAAGGGAUGGCGGAGUGGGUCCAGUGCCACCGCCCGGUGUCAUUGGAGGAAGCUGUCCGGCUUGCGGAGGACCACAUGGCGGCGAUCCCGAGGGUGGAAGAGCCCUCCCACAUUCUCUCUCCUCCCUCUGUCUCUUCCCCCUCCCCUCUCUCCUCUCGUUCUACUCUCUCUCCAGGUCCCGUUCCUGCCCCACGCAGACGAGGAGGACUUCAGCCCCUGAGACCAGUUCCCCGGGUGUGGGAGGUGACACCUUCCCCUAUUCCAAUGCCCCGCCGCUCUCCCCCUCGGGGGGGGGGUGCCCGCCGAUGCAAGUGCGGGCGUAGCGCCUGGGCCGGCCUGCUGGAGGUGCGGAGACCCGGGCCACUUCCGAGAUCAGUGCCCUCUGAUGGAGCUGGGGAUGGUGGUGUGCGUCUCUGACCUCCCACAGGCUGCCCCCGACUGGGCCGGAGUGUACCGGAUACCGACAGAUGCUUCAGACAGGGGGCUGGGGGCCGUACUCUCACAGGUGGUGCAGGGGCAGGAGCGCCCGGUGUUGUACAUUAGCCGUAAGCUCUCCUUGAGGGAAACUAAGUACAGCAUUGUAGAAAAGGAGUGUCUCGCCAUCAAGUGGGCGGUCCUCACUCUCCGAUACUACCUGUUGGGGUGGGCCUUCACCCUCUGUUCUGAUCACGCCCCACUCCAGUGGCUCCACCGCAUGAAAGAUACCAAUGCCCGGAUCACCCGUUGGUACCUGGCUCUUCAGCCAUUUAAGUUCAAGGCGGUCCACAGACCGGGGGCGCAGAUGGCUGUCGCCGACUUCCUUUCCAGGAAUGGGGGGAGUGGUAGGCAGGCCGGAUGCCGCCCCGGCCUGAGUCGGGCGGUGGGGAUAUGUGGCAGCAGGGGUGUGGUCAAGCAUCUCUCCGGAGAGAGAGAAAGCGGUAAGGGCUCUUACACCUGAGUUAAAUUAUGUCUAACACCUGUCUCUAAUUUCAGUGAGCACGGGGAGAGCGGCAUAAAUAGAGCCUGGGCACCAGAGAGCCGAAUAAGAAGCAAGGAGUUUGUUAUUACGAAUGCUGAGAGUUUAUUUUGUGAAGUGGUGUGUGUGAUUAUAGACUAACUUGGUGAACAACGCAAAGACUCUGAGAGUGUAAUUCUGCUACAGAGAGAAAAUAAAAAUCCUUACCUGAACCAGGAAAACUGCUUCUCGCCUCCUCCUUACACUGAGACGUGUUACACUGUGCUAUUGAAAGCCCUAUUGAACUUCACUGGACAUGAAGUUUGACCCUUGAUCGGAUUGUCUAAA